AUGGCUGAUGACCAUGCAGAUCAAUAUCCAGUAGCUAACAAUGGUAAGAAUGGGGAAAGUAGUGUCGGAUCUCAUGCCCCUCAACUAAUACAAACAGAGCCUAUCACACCUGCAGUGCAAGAUGAAGCUGUUCCACUUUCAGGAAGUCCAUAUUUCACAUGCAUUGUUUCAAAAUCUCAAACUCAAUCCCCAUUUCAACUGGCCGUUCCAAGGAGGUUCUGUUCGUUACUUCCAUCCGAAUCUGUUUCUGUGUUCCUCUCUUGCGAGAGGAGGACUUGGGAGAUGAGAUAUUGUGGGAGUAGUUCCUUGAAGCGAUUUGACCGAGGGUGGAAGAAGUUUGCCAUCGACAACAAUCUAAAGAUUGGAGAUGGUUGCGUCUUUGAACUCACAGACCAUAAGAAUAUGAAGUUCCAAGUGCGGAUCCUCCGCGGGGAAAUCCCAUCUCCAGUAGUUGAUAGUGCAGGAGGCCAGAGUUAUGAUACUCCCAUUAUGAUUGAUUAAAGUUGUUUCAGUCUGCAUGUCUUGGGAUUAUUUCCCUGCAAUGAAAAGCUCCACCGAGACGGUCAUCUUCAUCUCAUGUAAUCUGUCUAGAAGGAAACCUUUGAGUUAAACUAAUCGGCACAUAUUUAUGGUUCAACCAUUCAUUUAAAAGAU